AGCACACAAGUGCAGAGCGACUGAGCGCACUGUGUUUGCCUGCUGCAGACGCUUGUGUUUGUUUGCUGACUGAAGUGUUGUUCUGUCUGCACCACGCCAAGGGAUAUCACCACCUAACAAAGCGCCGACUGUGUGCCGUCCAGCAGCUGAAAACAGAGCGGGAAACCAGAGGAGGCACAAAAGUGUGAGGGGAAACAAUUCGCUGCAGAUCAGUAAAGAUGCAAUGCCUAGAGUUCACGCUCUAACGGAUGCCAGUCACCUGUAGUUCAUCUUAAAGCCAUUGCAAUAGAGGACGGGACAGUCUGAUUGCCAGCUUCGCAAGCUGCAUGGGGGUUCUAGUGUGUUGUGACUGCUUCUUUUACAGGAAAUCUAAAACGAAGCCCAAUGGAAAGAAAGCACCUCCUGAAGAAAAAAAGCACUAUUUGGAGCCAGAGUACACAAAAGUGCGGGUUGCGGACUUUGACCUGAAAGAUUUGGUGGCGUUACCCACCAAAGAGAUAGACCUCAAUGAAUGGCUCGCCAGCAACACAACAACCUUCUUCAAUCUCAUAAAUCUGCAGUAUAGCACAAUCUCAGAGUUUUGCACUGGGGACACAUGUCAAGCCAUGACAGCCUAUAACACAAUAUACUACUGGUAUGACGAAAGGGGGAAGAAGACAAAGUGCACAGCGCCUCAGUAUGUCGACCUCGUCAUGACGUUCGUGCAGAAAUUAGUGACGGAUGAAGAAAUCUUCCCCACAAAAUAUGGCAAAGACUUUCCCAACUCGUUCGAGUCUCUGGUGAAGAAGGUCUGUCGGUAUCUGUUCCAUGUGCUGGCGCACAUCUACUGGGCUCACUUCAAAGAGAUUGUGGCUUUGGACCUGCAGGGACACUUGAACACACUGUACACACAUUUCAUCAUCUUUAUCAGGGAAUUCAACCUGAUCGACCCCAAGGAGACCUGCAUCAUGGACGACCUGUCGGAGGUGCUGUGCGUCCCGCUGCCCCCGACUGCACACAAUCACGUCACCGAGAGAUGAGCCCAAAGUCUCAUUCACAGAGCUCCUCGACAACAACAAAAAAAUGGGGGAUGACAAAAAAGUGAGGACGAGCCCCUCCAUCACUAUUCCUCAGCCUCUUGAUGAUCAAAAGGUGGGGAUGAGGGCCGGUGGUCUGCAAUUGUUGUACCAGCACAGAUUGGUGUGAAUGUUUCCUACAGGACAAAACAAUCUGUCUCCAUUGUCAUUUAUAUAGGAACAAGUUAUAUAUUAAUUUGCUUUUUUAUUGUUAUUAUUAUUGUUUUGCGCAUGCGCUCUUGGAGUUUUUUUUUUUAAUUAUUAUUUUAUUUUAGGCAAUGGUAUUUCAGCUCCGCUCUCAUCAGUGCCUUGGAUAUAUAGCUAAGGUAUUGUCUGUUUAUAUGCAACAAUGUUUAGGAAUUUAUCAUCGACCUCUGGCUCCCCCUUGUGGAGGGAGUGAAGUCACAUACCGACUGACUGUUCGUAAUCUCUGCAGCUUUAUUUCACAUAAAACUGUACUAGACUAGUUCAAAGUCUCUCGCGCAUUUAUAUUCCAAGUCAUCAUCCACUUCCUAUUUUUUUUUAUUUAAAAUGAUUUUCAAUGAUUUCUUAUUUACUUUUGAACCUUUCGUGUAAUUAUGGUAACAUCGAAGCCUGUUUCUGCCACUGAAUAAUACUAAUAAUAUAUAUAGGCUUAUGUAUGUAUGUAUGUAUGUAUGUAUGUAUGUAUGUAUGUAUAUAUAGUCACUACUUUCUCAAUGGAUUUACGAGAAAAAAGUCUGAUUUCGAAAAUAUAAACGUGCUUCUGAAGAAAAAAUCUGCUAUCCAAAGACAAUCGCAAAUUCAAAAUUGAGUUUAUAUUUGGCAAUUCUGACUUUUUCCUUAGAAUCAAGAGAUGUAUGUUAACGUGAAAUUGUUAGGUUUAACUUUUUAAAGCUCUGCUAGAACUGGAAGUUGAUGAAACUUUUAUUUCAAAAUGUUAAAGUACUUCCACCUGACACAGAACAUUGAGAAGGAGACGGGGCUUUCUUCUUGCGCAUCAUUUACUCGUAGCAAACUAAAUGUGAGAGGGGCGUGGUUGUAAGAAUAUUGUGGCUGAAGUCAACAACAAACAUUGUUUUUUCUGUGGACUAACUUGCCUGGGAUAAUGGGCCAUAUGCACAGCUAGUGUUUUUCAGCCAAUGAUGAACUUCCAGUGAAGUUAUGUGACUAUUUUCAAUUUCAUAAGAAUCCUUUUACAGCAUCGAUGUUGUAAUGUAAUUCAAAUAUAAUCAGUUAAAUAGACUUAAUCGUUCAUUUAGUUUUUAAAGUGUAAAAAGAGUCGAAAGACCGUUUAAACGCAGGCACCGUCAUUAGCAGUAGGCUAGCGCAGAAAUUCCAUUGAAAAUACUAAGGGUAAAAUUCAUUUCCAUAUUUUAAAGAUAUGUGGAAAAAUAUAAUUUAAUGCAGUGCUUCUUGUUUGGACUGAUACCCACUUUAUAUCGUAUCUCACCUGGGCAGUGAAGAUCGCUUUUUUAAAGAAAUCAGCGAUUUCGAAUGGGAUGACAAUUAUCCCUGCUAAAAAAACUGCUUAAACCAGCCCAGCCUAGUUUUUGAGGGGUUUUGGCCAUUUCCAGGCUGGCUUCCAUCCAUUUCCAGCCUGGUCUUAGCUGGUCAGGCUGGAUAAAAAGACCAGCUAAAACCAGCCAAACAGCCUAGGCUGGUUUAAGCUGUUUUUUUUUCAGCCUUAACUGGAACCAGAAGCCCUGGCUGACUGAAAUAUAAAAAGUCUGUGUGUACAAAUCCCAUUGUUUACCUAAAGAUUAACCAAACAUUUCACACAGACUUUAAAAUCACAAUUACUUCACAAUAACUUCGAAAUUCUAAGAUGCAAAGUAACAAAUGUGUGACCUUAACUGUUACAAGUUUUGAGAAAACAACCAUCCAGGUGUUAAUUUUCCCGCUUAUUACACGGCUGUAAGUCAAAAAGUAAACAAUUAAAGACAAAAUACCUACCUUUGAAAGAAGAAAAACAGCUGCAUCCGUUCCGUUUUUUUCAGUCACAAGAUGGCGCCAAACAGCCGCCUCAGAGAUGAGCUUAGAAAAAAGCAUGUGGGUACUCGCUCAAGAUUUGAAGUAUCCGGAUGACGAGCUUGUGUUAUUAGCAUCAGCGGUUGUUAUCUGUGAGUAAUAUACCUUGAAAUGUUAUAAGUGACCAAUCAGAAUUAACUAUUUUACAAUUUCUGAACUCGCAAUUCAGAAAUUUUCCUCUUAGAACUGCAAGAUGCUAAUUGUGACACAAUAGCUCAAAAUUGCAGUCCUGAGAAAAAAACUAAUAGCUGUCAUUUAAAAUAUAUGCCUAUUUUAUUAUUCUGUGGCAGAAAUACUCUAAUGUUCCCAAUAAUGCUCUUGAGAAAGUCUGGACUUGCUCAGUGUUUUUUUUUUGACAAGGAUAUUAGCGAUAUCUGCAUGUCUGCGCCCUCAGAGAGAUGCUGCAGACACUGACACAUAAUUGUUGCAUGGCAGUGGACUUGGUGUGUUGCAUUGAUGAGAAAAGCACAUCACCAAUGCUGAAACCCUUAUUUUUUACUUCUUCCUUUUUUUUAUACAAGUUAUCAGAGGUCAUGAUUAUUGUGGCAGCCCACUUGUGUAGAAAAUGCACAUUAAGUCUUUUUUUUUUUACUCUCUCCAAGGAAAUUAAUUGUAACUAUAAAAAAAAAAUCACAAUUGCCUUUAGUGAGAGAGCAUCUCUCCUAUUAUUUUAUUUAUUUUUUACUUUAUUUGCAGAGUUAUUUGGUUCUUGCUUUCUUUUAUGUAUUUUAAUUAUCUAAGUUAAAAGCUACUCAAUAUUUUAAGCUCUGCAAAAUAUAAUCGAAUAAAAUCAAGAAAUGCCA